CCAUCUUUGUUGAGGGCGGAUAAGUUGUAAGCCAGGACCUUUUUUUUUUUUUUCCCCGUACUGUUCCCACUUUCUCCUCUGCGCUUCACGCUCGGAAUCUAUGCUGGAAAAAAAGAAAAAAAAAAGAAAGAAAGAAAACCAUUACAGAGGCACAGAGUAAACUUGACGGUGAAGUCUGUCCGUGUCGCGCGGCUGACGUCACGAUCGGCGUCUCCGCCGUCCGAGUGGCGGCUUGAGAGGUGGCUACCUCCGAAGUGUGCCUUGUGUGUUGCUGGGUAGAUGCUGAGGGGAUGCGGGCUUGGUGUGGUGCUGAGCCUGGCCGUGGCGGCGGCGGCUGUCACGGUCGUGUGGUUGAUGGACUGGUGGGGUCCCCGCCCUGGUGUUCGCCUCUUCGUACCCGAGGAGCUAGCCCGCUAUCGCGGCGGCCCAGGGGACCCGGGCCUGUACUUGGCACUGCUCGGCCGCGUCUACGACGUGUCCUCUGGCCGGAGGCACUACGAGCCUGGGGCGCACUAUAGCGGCUUCGCAGGCCGAGAUGCAUCCAGAGCGUUUGUGACAGGAGACUAUUCUGAAGCUGGCCUUGUGGAUGAUGUAAAUGGCUUGUCCUCCUCUGAGAUACUGACACUGCACAAUUGGCUUUCAUUCUACGAGAAAAAUUAUGUAUUUGUCGGAAGACUGGUUGGAAGGUUCUACAGAAAGGAUGGGUUGCCCACUUCAGAACUAACCCAGGUAGAAGCCAUGGUGACUAAAGGCAUGGAGGCAAAUGAACAGGAACAGAGAGAAAAGCAGAAGUUCCCACCAUGCAAUGCUGAGUGGAGCUCUGCUAAAGGCAGCAGGCUCUGGUGCUCCCAAAAAAGUGGAGGUGUGCACAGAGACUGGAUUGGUGUCCCCAGGAAGUUAUAUAAGCCAGGAGCCAAGGAGCCCCAUUGUGUGUGUGUGAGAACAACUGGCCCUCCUAGUGACCAGCAAGACAACCCUAGACACUCAAAUCGUGGGGACUUGGACAACCCCAACUUGGAAGAAUACACAGGCUGCCCACCGCUGGCCAUUACAUGUUACUUCCCAGUCUAAGAUGGUGUCCUGUAUGUUGGUGAUGCAUGGAGAACCUUCCCUAGAUCUACAGAAAGCCCUCAAUCUUGUGCCCUAGGAUGGUGUAGUGGCUAUUCCUGGUUGUCAGCUUGACUGUAUCUGAAAUGAACUGCAAUCCAGAAUUGGAGGACUCACCUGGUCCUAAUCUGGAGGCUGAGACAU